CUUCAUCUUCUUCUGCGUCCGCGGCCGCACCGCCAUGUCGCAGGCUUCCUCGCCCUCUUUAAUUACCUCCAUUUCUCUCUUUCUUCUUCCCAAUUACAAUAACCUCACGCCAACGGGGAGAUUGUUGCCGAUAACGGAUUCUCUGCACCGCCGCCGGAGAUACUCCAGCGUCAGCCAUGAACAUUCGAGCACCAGUCGAAAUGCUAUUCUGAGAAAGCCGGUGCAAGCCACCACGGCGGUUCCAACCUCGGUGCCGGUGCGUGUAGCUCUGGAGCUUCUUCAAGCAGGAUAUCGAUACUUAGAUGUAAGAACGCCGGAAGAGUUCAGAACCGGCCACGCUCGCGCCGCCAUUAACAUUCCUUACUUGCACAGAGUCGGAUCGGAGAAGGCGAGGAAUCCACAUUUCUUAGCGGAAGUGGCGAUUCAUUUCAGAGAAGAUGAUGAAAUCAUCGUUGGAAGCCGAAGGGGGAAGCGGUCUCGUAUGGCUGCCGCCGAUCUUCUUGCCUCUGGAUAUAGGUAUGUAACGGACAUAUCAGGUGGAUAUGAAGCUUGGUCUCGCAAUGGACUUCCCAUGGGAAGUUCUAAAUAAUCACCAAAA